GAAAAGCCCAAAAAUAGAUAAAAGAAAGGAAGGGGAAUCGACGCUAAAACCCUUGUAGAUUCGAGCGAGAUCGAGAGGAGAGAGACGGCGACGAUGGGAUCAACAACAACAGGGGAGUGGUUAGAGAAGGCGCUCUCGCAAGCGGAUUCGGGCGUGGAACUGGAUGCGGAUCUGAUUUCGGGUCUCGUCUCCUUCUGUGAACUCGCUCCUCCUCCCGAUGCCGCCGAUUACCUUAGCAAUAUUAUAGGACCAGAAGCUGGUCAGCAUAUAAUCCAGGAAUACCUGCGGAGAAGAGGCUACGUGGAUUCCUCCACUAGCAUCCCAGAUGUCCAAACAUCAAACUCUCAAGGAUACGUGAAACCUCCUGCUGAUGAAAAUGGGUUUGCUGUAGCCAAGAAGCAAACGAGACCACCAAAGGCGGCAGCUGCCAUCACUAAUGAAACUAAGAACAAAACAGAGAUUUCAGAAUCCAGCAACAAUUCUAGGAGAAAGAAGAAAGCUGGAAAGGCCAUAUCUCUAGCUGAAGCUGCGAAAGGAUCGGUGGUUUUCCGACAGGGAGAGCCUUGUUCAUGCCAGGCUCGACGGCAUAAGCUCGUGAGUAACUGCUUAUCGUGUGGCAAAAUAGUUUGUGAACAGGAAGGUGAAGGUCCUUGCAGCUUCUGUGGUGCCCUUGUUUUGAGAGAAGGAAGUACAUAUGCUGGUCUGGACGAGAUUGCUGGUCCUCUUUCUAAUGCAGAAGCUGCAGCUGAAGCAUAUGCAAAGAGGCUUGUAGAUUAUGACAGGAAUUCUGCUGCUAGGACCACAGUCAUUGAUGACCAGAGUGACUAUUAUAAUUUUGAAGGGAAUGCCUGGAUGUCUGAAGAGGAGAAAGAGCUUCUUCGAAAGAAGCAAAGAGAAAUUGAGGAAGCUGAGAAAGCCCGGAGAUCGCAAGUGGUUGUGACGUUUGAUUUGGUUGGUCGCAAGGUGAUAUUGAACAAGGAUGGGACCUCAGAGUCGGAAUCAGAGAACAGCAUUCUCAGGCCACCUGAAGAAAGAGAGCAAAACCGUAUAAAGCCUAAUCCUACAGUUAUACAACCAGUGUUUGUUAAUACCGGGCCGGCUAGGGAUCAAGUUAAAGGGAAACAAAACAACAACAGAGUAACGAAGGGUUUGUGCUUAGAAAUCAGCGGGAGGGUGCAGCACGAGGGCCGUGGUCGGAAGUCUGCUGUUUCCGGUGAAGGUUUGUGGCCGGAUUCACAAGCCACCGGUUAUGGAGAUGAGCCUGGAUGUUCCCUUGAUUACAACUAGUUUAUGUGUGAUUGGCCUGAAUGUUGCCCUGUAUUGCAAAUGAAGAAGUAGUGUCGUAUGCCGUUGCGUUUUAACUCAAUAGUGGUCUCAAUGAGCGCGCCCAAAUCUUGAUCUUUAUGGCGUUGAUUUCUGUAGAUCAAUUUCGUACUAAGGUGGAUCUAUAUUUCAUUCUUUCAUCGCCUUU